ACCUAGCGGGAACUCAGCGGUGGCCGUAACAGCGUUCAUUCUAUAUUGCAGUGAUUUGACGUCUUAUCUGUGGACGUAGAAACGUCCUUUUUAUACAAGUGGGGUCGUUGAUGGGAACAUUGGAGGCGGAAGUUCUGUCAUCUUUGGUCUUCAGUAUCCACCAGAGGGGUUUUGGAGACGCCGCAGAAAAGCUUCCUGUCGCAGAGGUAUAUCUCUGGGUUGGUCUUCUCCGUUCUUGGUGCGGCUGCGGCCUGGCUUCUCCAGGUGCCGAUCGUCAAGUUGGCAGAAGAAAUCUGCCAAUCUCUGCAGCGCGUUCAUCUCACGCACGUCUUACGCUACGCGUGAUCCUCACACUCCGCCGCGCCUCAGAAGGCUCUCUGCCACCAUGCACGGCAGUUUCAGGCUCUACGGCAUUGGAUCUUCCAGAUCCGAGUGGUCUCCUCCCUCCAGUUGUGGCGGGUGGCUCGCAUGUGCCACCACCGCCAAUAACUCCCCAUCGUCGGCGAUUUGUAACAAUUUUCGGUUGUUAUACUGUGUUUUCGCUUUUUCUAAUUAGGAUUGAGUGAAAGUGGAUGUGAUAGACUGCAGUCAAUCCAAACUAACAUGUUAUGGCACAACCCAUUUACUGUGGUGUCUAGUUAUAGUUUAAUAGUCUGUUCCUAUUUUAAAAUCGUCGCCAAGCGGUCUUACCUUGUGGGAAUUGGAUAAUUGGAUAAGAGCCAAAUCCCACCAAUCUUUUGGCUCCGAGCACCUUCUUUUUUUGUUUUUUUGUUUUUUUUUUUUUUUUCACUUUUGUGUUGUAAUGGUUCGCUUUGGGAAUGGACUUCCACCCUGUCUCUUGUAAUUGAUAAUUUAUCUAUACAUAUC